UCUCUGCCUAUUGUUCCUACCGCUAUAACUUCUGAUAAUACCACUGCCACCACAACUGCUAAAUCUCAAUUAGAAUCCCAACCAACUGACAAAUCUGAAUUUAAUAAAGAAGUCAUAUCUUCAAUACCUCCAAAUCCUCACUUACAACAUUCUUCUAUUCUUGAAUCUCGAAAUAUUGAUUCUAGAUUGCCCUCAGAUGAUGGAAAAUUUCACGUUUUGUUAGCCGCUACAGGCUCAAUUUCAACUAUUAAAAUCAAAUUAAUUAUAAACAAACUUCAUGAGAUUUAUUCAAAGGAUAAAGUUGUAAUUCAGUUAAUUUUAACAAAAAGCGCUGAGCAUUUCUUAUCAAGAAAUGAUAUUAACUCCAGUAUCCAAAUUUGGCGAGAUAAAGAUGAAUGGUUAACAUGGAAAUCUAGAUCAGAUCCUGUUUUACACAUAGAAUUAAGGAGAUGGGCAGAUAUAUUGGUAGUCGCUCCAUUAACUGCUAAUACACUAUCUAAGAUAUCAUUAGGGUUAUGUGACAAUCUAUUGACUAAUGUUAUUAGAGCCUGGAAUACUCAAUAUCCAAUUUUAUUGGCUCCAUCAAUGGUAAGCUAUGCUUAUAAUUCGCCCUCGACAAAAAGAAAUUUAAAAUUUAUGAAAGAAAAUAUGCCCUGGAUUCAAAUUUUAAGACCAACAGAAAAAGUUGUUGGAAGUUAUGGUGAUAUUGGUAUGGGUGGAAUGAUGGACUGGAAUGAAAUUGUUAACCAAACAGUAUUAAAAUUGGGUGGUUAUCCUGAAAUCGAUAAUGAAGGCGAUGAUGAUGAUGAUGAUGAUAAUGAUGAAGAUGAAGAUGAAGAAGACGAAGAAAAUGAGGAUGAAAUAUUAAAAACUAACUCAACCAAAAGAAAGAAAAAUGAAGAUGAAGAUGAAGAUGAAGAUGACAAUGAUGAUGAUGAUGAUGAUGAUGAUGAUGAUGAUGAUGAUGAUGAU